AUACGUUUUUGUUAAACAUUGUCAAAAUGUUACUUUUAUGCAAAUACAAGGUUAGAUUGAAACUGUGUAAAGAGAAAGUACAUAUGCAGUAAAUGAUUAUUCUAUCUAGUAAUAAUUAUGAUAUAAUAAGCAUAGGCAUACAUAAUAUUCACCGGUGCGUGCUUUUAGGUUAGAAGACUGUGUAUUUAUUUCUACAAAGACUCUCUAGUACCUGACUCUCCGUGUCUAGCGAUCACGCUCGAAAAUCAUUGAGCAAGUCAUUUACUACGUGUCGCGUGCACGUGACGUUACCUUCCAAAACUUGUUUCGCAAUUCAGGACCAAUAGAGAGGCAGUGAGUAAAUGCUGCUUCGCAGGUGCUGAAACGUUGUUUUUAUGUUGUCAUGCGAACGAUACUUUAGUGGAAGCUCAAGAAUCUGUGAAGAUGUUUGGGAAUGUUGCCAUUUAUCCCAAGAUACGUACAAUUCCAAAUACUUUUAAUAUAUCUGGGCUUCUUCGUACUUUUAUUUUAUUUAAUUUUUUUUUAUUGUAAAGAGAGCCGAAGCUCACGGCAACAGUCAUUCUCCUUGACCCAGUCUACCACUAACCACCAUAUCAACAGGAGUCAUCAUUCGCGACACGCAUUAAUCAGGGCCUAUAAGAAGUUACGAAGAUUCGAUUGACUGUAUCUUGAUCCUCGAAAUAUUUAGUUGAUAUACUUAUCGAUAGCCUAGCAGCCGUCAAAAUCGUUCAGUUUAAAUAAAAUAUUGAUUGAUUAACAAUGAUUUCGUAAUUCAUGGUCGAUAAUAACUUUUUAGGAAUAUACUCACGCUGCAUGUAGAUCAUUCUUAUCGUGAUCUUCACUUUGAGAAUUAUAAUGUCACUCUUUCAAAGAAUACGUGUAUACAGGUGGUUGCUAUUAAUUUAAAGUGACAACAAAAGACAAUUCUUGAUAAUCAAUUUACAGGUCUUUUCAAUUGCAGUAUUUGACAGCACUGCUUCAUUGAAAUGAUUCUGUAACAUUUUUCACCUGCAACCGUUACUUAUAAUCUUGGAUGGAUCUUGUGUAUAAUGAGAUUAUCUGUAGAAGUUAUUUGAAAAUUGGUCAAUUCCUUAUAUACGUCGUAGGCUAGCAUUGGGGUGCGAUGAACUUCACGUAUGACUAACACGUGAAAGAUAUUAUACCUAAUAUCUUGUAUCAAUAAAUUAAUUUCUUUACACUGUUACAAAUCCACAUUCCUUGAUUAAAAGUCAAAAGAUACCUUGUUGAAAUAUGCAAGUCUUGUAUCAACUGCCUUAGGCAAUUCAUUAUUAUUAGAAUUAUUUGAAAUUUUGGUUGGUAUCGAAUAUUAUAUGUAUAUUCUGAGAUCUUUAAUUAAUAACACGUAUAAGUUUGCACCAUGGACUCUUUAUUGCCUACCUUAGAAGCCAUGAGGAAUAGUUGGUUGAUUACAGUUUCUAGAUAGCAUAUACAUAGCACCAAUAAAUAUAUAUUACCAAACAUUGAUUUAUCGAUGGGUAACUUAUGCAAUGUAAUACACGCGUAAGUUUUAUGACUGGGAGGGUUAAGAAAGAGAAAAAAAGAAUUUAGGUCCACAGAAAUCAUAAGAGUUAUACAGUAUUGCUUUACAUAAGAAGUCGAUAUUCUUGGUCUGUCUAGAAUCUCUAUGAUACUGGUUGGUAUUAGUAUAGAAACGGUAGGAGAUGAAAAGAUUUUUAUAAUUUUUUUUUUGAAUUUUCUAGUAGUCAAAUUGUAAUGGAUGGAUUCGUAAAUUUUUGUAUUAUAAAUAUUUAUAGGCUGUAUCCUUCAAAUGUCAAAACCCAUCAAAUGUAACUUCUGAACUUGCAACAAAAGUAGAAUAAAAAUUUAAUGAAAAAAUUGGAAUUUCCCACUUGUAUAAUGUAAAAAUAUUAUAGGACAAUUUUAAAUCAAUUCUAAAGUGUUUAAUGCCAAUUAUCUAUCAUAUACUAAACAGCUUAAUUGGACAUUGAUAACAUGCCUGUAUAGGAUUGCUUAUUUAAAAAGAAUAAACGGAUCAACCUCAGUAUCCAUAUUAUAAAUAGACAUCAUCAAUUACAAUACUGUUCGAUUAUUGAAUAUAGAUAGGUGAAACGAGAGGAGUCCAAUAUGAUAUUACUAUAUAGCGAAUCGAGAAUAUAAAAUCGAGAUAAAAAUAUUGCAGCUUCGAGUCAAUAAAUCUACCUUAUGAAAUACACGUAAUACGAAAUGGCAUCCAAUAUAAAUAAUUCAAAUUUACAUCUGUCAUCAUUCAGUAACAACGCGCACAGUAUGGAGUUUCGCAAAUCAAUAAAUAAUAAGAAUUAAUAAAUCGCACAGUGAAUCUUUCAUGUAACAAGACAUAAUGACCUCUUAUAAUCAGCAGAACAUGUCAUGACACGUAGUAAUGUUAAGCGCACUAUAUGCCCAGUACAGAUCCUACUGUAGUUGUUGUACAUAUGCGCAACAGACAAUCUUUAUAAAUCGUGGCUAUUACGGGAAGUAAAUAUCACAUUCAUAAUUCAUUAAAGCCAAUUGUCAACGAAGAGGAUCGCGCAAUGGAAUAUCCGUAACAUUAGUGUAUUAAAGUAUCAACAAUAAGAAUAUGAUUGACAAGAUUUCUAAUCGGACAAUAUGAAUAUUUUAUAACCAUAUUGUAUACGCUUGUAUAAAUUAUUUUGUGUUUUCAAAUGACUAUCUAGCACUGUAUGUACUCAAUUUUCCUCUAUUUGAUAUGACGUUAAAAUUACCGACGUCAAGCAAUUUCUCAAAUAUAAACAAAAUAGUUUUAUGAUAGAUUAUACAAAAUUAGUAUAGAUAUUAUAGUGUUGAGAAGCAGCGAGUAUAGUAAAUUAUACAUAUAUUCUAUAUAAGCCUACCGUUCAGGUAUUGCCCGUGGCUAUCACGCAUGUCACUCACUCACUCGCUCUUUCGCUCUUUCAUUCGUUCGCUCACUCACUCAUUGACUCUCGAAAGCACAAUAUCUUCUCAACGAUUUGGAUAACAGUCAGUUACACACCGCGCACGAUACUUCAUCGCGAUUAUCCCGUGUGCAGUCAUAAAGCAUGAACUUCGUUAGAGUUCAUCAUAGUACAUCAGGAUCGAGAGGAAUAUCAAUGUGCAAUUGGAUCGAGUAAAUAGUGCUAGAAGACCAGAAAAACGAUAAAUAGGAGUCGUUCGGACGGACUACGUGAAACAAAGUGACAGUUGGAAAGAAAAGUGAGGACGAAUUGUCGUGAAUUAUUUUGUGAACAAUUUUCUUGUAUCGCGGGGAUGCCAAGCAAUGGGAUUAGGGAGAAUUGCGAACUUGUGAUUUUAUUGAAUACAUUUAUCUGAUUAUUUCGUUCUAUUCUAACUGAAUCAGCGCACUCUUCUUGCGGUUCACUUUUGAAAAAACGUGGCGCGCAUUGUCACUCACUUGUACGUGUUGACUAAAAUAAUACAAAAGUGGUUGUAAAUUGGUUCUUACUAAUUUCAAAAGAAGAAUUCCUUGAGAUGAUUGCGAGAGGUAGAAGGUGAUCCAUAUGACAUCCUCUUUGGCGGAAUGUUAUCUUCUCAACGAAGAUUCACAAAAUUUGGAAACAGACAGCGAGAUACUACACAACGGUGACGAAACGGAGGACAAUCGGUUGGAAAUAUUUGACGCAUGGAGUCAGAAAUCAAUAACGGGCCAAACUAUGUCGACGAUAGAUGACGACACGGAAUACACAACAGCCAAAGGACCUCAGGAUCUAAAACCAAGCUUACUGACGUCCUGUAUUCCUGGUCCCGUCAAAAUAUUAUUGGCUUUUGGUCGUGACGAUCAGCAGUUGGAGGUUCUUGGAAAUGUAGCGAGAAGACUAGGCUGGAGCGUUACAAUAGCAAGAACUAUUGAAAAGGCAGUGGAAUCAUUUCAAAAUCGAUGUCAUGAUCUCGUUAUCAUUGAUCGCAGAGGACAACGUAGUGCGGAAGGAGAUGCUUUUUGCAAGGCCAUUAGAAAUAUCAACUGUAAUCAAAAUUGUGUGAUUGUGGCGGUUGUGAGAAAAUCAUUUCUGAUGAGUUCCGAUAAGGAUGAAAUCGUCACCUUGGACUUAUUGGGAACUGGAUUCAACAGAGUGCUUAUGGAAUGCUCGCAUGAAGGCAUACUUAUUAAUGAAUUGAUGGGUAUUUAUGGAAGCGAAGUGCAACCAAGAGCACAACUAGCAGCAGCCCAAUCAUUGCAUUUAGCAGUAGACAGAUGCAGAGACAUGGUGCACAUAACAAAUGAUCAUCAUAUUGUACAGUUUGUGAACAGAGCCAGUGAGAAGCUAUUGGGUUACAAACCAGAAGAAAUAGUGGGGAAGAAUCUCCUGGAGAUAAUAACAAGUGAAAAUUCAAUCUUAAUGGAUCAGCAGUUGCAACGUGGUAGAGAAUGGGAGGGCAAUAUGAAUUGCAAGAGAAAGUCCAAUGAUACCAUCACCAUAAAUUGCAGGAUAAUACCAUUCUGUGCCAGUGGAAGGAAACCUACCCAUUAUGUCUAUGUCCACGACACUACGUAUCUGCUAGAAAAUUUAGGCGUUGCUCCGAGCAGUACGGGAGUCCAACAGCAUCCAAGAGGAAGUUUACAUUCAUUACGCAGAGGGUCAUUCGACAUCCGUUCAAUCGGAAGUGACACACAAAGACGUUCCAGUCUUGCGAAAUUGCACAAUUUACCUCUGGAGGCACCAAUCACAAAAGUGAUUACUCUACUGACGAAUGCAAUUACGGAAACAUCCGCUUCGCAUCCGGAAGUUGCUAUGCAAAUUGAUAAGGCGAUUGAAACCUUAAAAACUACAGAAUUGUAUGUACCACAUAUGAGAGAAGAUGCAAGAGCUUACAAUGAUCCAGUAGCUACUGACUUGGUCGAAGCUUUAUUAGCGUCUCCAAAUUAUGGAAGAGAUUCGAGAAGAUCAUCCAAUGAUUCUUCGGGGAAGCUUGCACCGAUCAAAAUGCUCAAUACCCAAGGGGGUCGUGUACCAUCUAAGAAUUAUCGAGCACCCCAGGAGAUAAUGGAACUAUUAAAUGAUAGACUCAAUUGGGACUUUGACAUAUUCAAGUUGGAACUCUUGUCUGGUAGAAGACCUCUAGUUUACUUGGGGAUGAGCUUGAUGUGUCUUUAUCAUGCACCUACAGUCUUAGGAUGUGACGAGAAGACAAUACAAAACUGGUUAACAAUAGUGGAGAUGAACUAUAAUCCAAAUAAUAGCUAUCAUAAUUCUACGCACGCUGCUGAUGUUCUGCAAGCCACUGCGAGGUUCAUGCAAUCAGAGAGAUUAAAAGCAAUUUUAAAUCCAUCCGAUCAAGUUGCUGCACUCAUUGCUGCUGCCGCUCAUGAUAUUGAUCAUCCUGGGCGGUCAAGCCAAUUCCUCUGCAAUUCCGACAACAAACUAGCAAUACUGUACAAUGAUUUGACAGUACUUGAGUCCCACCAUGCAGCUUUGACGUUCAAGUUGACUUUAGCUGAUGACAGUGUCAAUGUGUUUAAGAAUUUGGAAAGAGAAUCAUACAAAGUAAUGAGACAGAAUGUCAUAGAUAUGAUUCUAGCGACGGAAAUGACGAAGCACUUUGAGCACCUUGCCAAAUUUGUUAACAUGGGCAGUAGUAGAAUUGGAGAUGGUCUAUCAGAGCCUUAUUCAGACUCUAUAGAUAUGGCUGUCCUGAUGCUGCCAGAAAAUAUAACGCUGGUCAAGAGAAUGAUAAUAAAAUGUGCUGAUGUGUCAAAUCCAACGCGACCUCUUAAAUGUUGCAUCGAGUGGGCAAGGCGGAUCGCUGAGGAAUAUUUUAAUCAAACGGACGAGGAGAAGAAAAAUAAAAUGCCUGUUGUCAUGCCUAUGUUCGACAGAAUGACAUGUUCAAUACCAAAAUCCCAAAUAGGCUUUGUUGACUUCAUCAUUAAUGAUAUGAUCGAUGCAUGGGACUCCUUCAUAGACAUGCCUGAAAUGAUAGAAUAUAUGAGACACAAUUAUGAGAAGUGGAAGGAAUAUCACGAUCAAGGUAUAUCGACACUACAUGAUGUGGAAAGGCUACAAAAGUUACCAGAGCUACAUAUAGCAAAACCGCCAUGAAAAGUGUAGAAACUGUAUAUGCACCUCGGUAAUAAGAUUCUCCGUCCGAUGGAAGGUACCUCUAGAAAGAUCAUAUCAUCAAAGUAAUUCUAUCGCGUAACAUAGGAGACACUUAAUGAACGAUAACGAUAAAAUUGAUAGUCGGAAAGAACGUAUACGCUUUUAAAUUAUUUUUAAUAAAUAUACACGGAAAGAAUUUUAAUCCUAAAAAUUACCCUGACUGUCAUGGUAAUCCAUGAACAUUGACAUUUUAGCCUAUAUCAUAAAAACCUACAGUUGAAACAAUAAUGUAAUUAUAAUGAAUUAAGUCUUCAUACAUUUUACGAAGUCGUAUGGUAAAUUAAUAUAUUUCAAGAUAUACCUACUUUAGUUAGAUUUUUUACUCCAUUAAAUUUGAAAGUGUAAGAAAACUGUAGAAGUAUCUGAUAUUGGUGUAAAAUUUUACCAGGCAGCAUAUUACUCUGCGUCGUUUGAACUUCAUGUGUAAAACAGCAUUAUAUACAUAAUUACAAUUUCUCUUCGCAGUCUCUGCAGCCAAUUUUACUAUACUGCAAGUGAUGAUAAUCGAUCGACAACGGUCCAUUUUCAGUUAUCGUAAGUCAAUCGUAUGUCAUAACAGUCGAAGAUCAACCGACGUAAUUGCCAUCAUUUGUAUGGAAGAGAAAAAAGCAACAAAAUUACCAUAUAUUUAUUAAGAGAUCUUUGGUUAAUAAAAAAGACUACUUCGAUUAUACAAUAUCAACACCAGUUACUGGCACAUUAAGAAGCCAAUAAGGAAAAGAAGAAUGCAAAUCAACGUGAGUAUCUGGAUGACCUAUAGAUGAAGAGUGCGUUUCGUAUUGAUUGAAUGCAAACUUUAUAUUUAUUGUAUAUCACUCUUUGUUGUCAUUGGUAGUCAAGCCAUUUUGCAAAUUAUCAUAUAUGUAUUUUUGGCGACUUGUGUUCACCCCAUAGAACGAACAGAUUAUUACCAUUGGAACGUUAUUCGUUUUCUUCUAAUUUUUUCAUUAAAAAAAUAAUAGUCAUUAUCAUAUUGUAGAUACAUGAAAUAAUCAUAACAAUUGUAUAUUUGAAUAACUUUCGACAGCCAAUAAGUAUUAGUCAUUAGAAUGAACAAUAUUGUAGUCCCUAUUAUCGUUUCCUGUUCUGAUAAUAAUUGAAAUAUUUUGCAGUAAAUGUCGAUGGUAGAAAUAAUGAAUCGCUGGCAAAAGAAACAGAUUUAAAAAUAACAGUACAGUAAAUGAAUCUUGUAUUGUCGUACAAUAAUUCUAUAUGUAAAUAAUUAUAAUAAUCUUUCAGUA